GUGGCGCUUGGGGGGGGGGCGGUGGAAUCGGCAGGGUCGCCGUUCCCCAGCCUCUCCGGAACAAAGUCAGGGACGGGAGAGCGCCCGCACGCUCAUGGACGCGUGGGGAGUGCCUGGAUCCCUCUGGAGCCGCUGUCGCGGGGCUCGGCUGCUGCUGUUGCUGCUCACCGUGCGCUUGGGGAGCGGAGCUGAUAAAGCAGAUGAUGAAGAUGAUGAAGACCUAACUGUGAAUAAAACAUGGGUCCUUGCACCAAAGAUUCAUGGCGGGGAUGUGACUCACAUACUGGACUCUUUACUUCAAGGAUAUGACAGUAAGCUGCGGCCAGAUAUUGGGGUGAGAACUACUGUAAUUGAAACAGAUGUCUAUGUUAACAGCAUUGGCCCAGUUGACCCAAUCAAUAUGGAAUACACCAUAGAUAUUAUAUUUGCGCAGACUUGGUAUGACAGUCGUCUAAAAUUUAACAGCUCAAUGAAAGUGCUUAUGCUUAAUAGCAAUAUGGUUGGAAAAAUUUGGAUUCCAGACACUUUCUUCCGGAACUCAAGGAAAUCUGAUGCUCACUGGAUUACAACUCCAAAUCGCUUACUUCGAAUCUGGAGUGAUGGAAGAGUAUUAUAUACUCUAAGACUGACAAUUAAUGCUGAAUGUUAUCUUCAGCUUCAUAACUUUCCUAUGGAUGAACACUCCUGUCCACUGGAAUUUUCGAGCUAUAAUGUGGGUCAACAUGUGAGGCACUUGAAAAUCAAGAGGGCUCCAAUUCCAGGUGGAUUACUGAACAAUGAAUCAGAUGGAUAUCCCAGAAAUGAAAUUGAAUACAAAUGGAAGAAAACCUCUGUUGAAGUGGCAGAUCCGAAAUACUGGAGAUUGUAUCAGUUUGCAUUUGUAGGGCUGCGAAAUACAACUGAAAUUUCUCAUACCCUAUCUGGUGAUUAUAUUAUUAUGACAAUCUUCUUUGAUCUCAGCAGACGUAUGGGAUAUUUUACUAUCCAGACAUACAUUCCUUGUAUACUCACAGUUGUUCUUUCAUGGGUGUCAUUUUGGAUCAAUAAGGAUGCCGUUCCUGCAAGGACAUCUCUGGGCAUUACAACGGUGCUGACCAUGACAACAUUGAGCACAAUUGCCAGGAAGUCACUUCCAAAAGUUUCCUAUGUGACAGCAAUGGAUCUUUUUGUCUCAGUUUGCUUCAUUUUUGUGUUUGCUGCCUUGAUGGAAUAUGGCACCUUGCAUUAUUUUACCAGCAACAGAAAAAGGGACAAAGGAAAAGAUAAGAAGGCAAAACCUAAGCCAUCAAAACCAUCUGCAAUUGCUGUUCGACCUGGAUCAACACUGAUUCCAAUUAAUAACAUUAAUCAUCUCCCUGAACGUGAUGAUGAUUAUGGAUAUGAGUGCCUAGAGGGGAAAGACUGUGCUAGCUUCUUCUGUUGUUUUGAAGACUGCCGCACAGGAUCUUGGAGAGAAGGAAGAAUACACAUUCGUAUUGCAAAAAUUGACUCCUAUUCUCGAAUCUUCUUUCCAACUGCCUUUGCAUUGUUUAAUCUUGUUUAUUGGAUUGGCUAUCUUUAUCUAUAAGUUUUUCUGGUUAGACAAACUCAGAAAAAGAAUUAACUGAACAGGCAUUAAUAUUUUUCAGAGAAUGGUCAAAGUUUAAAUCUCAUCCAAAAUUACUAAAAUUAGGUGUUUUAAUAUUUUGAAACAAGAGGAGGAAAUAUGUUGACAUAGUCUCCCUCUUGCUAUCAACAAUAGAACUGAUAUUAGUAUUUUGAAGUGAAAAUGAACACGCAUAUUUUUUGUCCAGGUCUAACAAAAUGCACAGGCAAGAGAGUAAGUUGUCGAACUGGCCAGUCCUAUAUAAUCUUUAAAAUUUAAUUCUAAUUGAUAAUACUGAUAAAUUUUGUAGCAUCUCUUACACUUCAACAAAGAAAGCCUUAAUAAAAUGGGAUAAGUUAUUUUCAUUCAUGUCAUCUAUAAGGUGAUAAUUUUUAUUAAUUCUUGAUUUUAAAUAGCUGAUAAAAGUUAAAAACAAUUCUAUUUUUCACCUAGCCGUUUAUUCUCUGCAAUAUGUUAAAAAGAAUGAUUUCAUCAUAAUUAAUUUCAUUCAUAUUUAUACAAAAUGCAGAGAUGAGAGCAACAAAUGGAUAUAUCACCAAAAAGCCCACAAACGUAAUUCUGAGCUUGUCUUAUCCUGACUGUUGAUAUAGGCUUUUGGCUUUCAGCCUUUGGUUACAUUUAUGUCUGUGCUCCAUCUGCUGUUAUAUCAUUAUUGUGUGUUCCCCAAAGUUCUCCAAGAGGGCUACAACUUUAAAAAUUCCUACCUAUUUGCCAUUGCUCUAAUUUCAUGGAAGCUGGCUGUUGGCUAAUUGAUUAUGGCCAUCCAGCUAAUGCUCUUCACAUCUUCUCCAUUUCCCUCUCCUUUGUCUAAUUCGUACUCAGGGGCAGAGAAAGAAUUAUGUUCAAUAGACUUUGUAUCAUCAGCAUUUUGAAGAACCCUUUGACAGCACUACAGUGUUUGUAUUCAAAACCACUGUGUUAAAUCUCCAUCCCUAAGACUAAAAUGUAUGACCUGGUAUGCUUUGCAUACAGUAUAGUUUUGUGUGUUCUGCUUGUUACUGCUUAUGCUACUCACUGAGCCAAAGUCAGAUUUAUUGAUACUGUGUUCUGGAUUGCUGUAUUAUUACCUCCUUGAUAUAUAUAAUUCCAUUAGAAAAAAAAAUAUGUAUUUCUAAAGGAAAAGCCCUUUUAUAGGAUGAAAUAAUAGUUCUUAUGUACUGUAGAUCUUUCUCCAAGAUGGGAUAUAUCCUCUCAAAAACAUAGGAUCGGUUUGCCAGUCUGUGAUGAGAGUUUCUGUUCUCUUUGGUAGGAAUACUUCAGUAGUAGUUGUCUUUCUGGAUCGACUUCUCUGUGUUGAGUAUUGCUGGCUGACAGCAUUUAGUAUCUCAUUUCUAUUUUUGUCUGUUGUGGAAAAAUGCAAUCUUUCCUCCUUCUUCAGAAAGAAACCAGUCUCAAGUGAGCUUGCAAAAAUCCCUGUAAAAUACAUGCACUAACUGAAAGUCAGAAUUACACAGAAGAUCUUACAGAUCUUUAAAGAGGAUUAAUGGGAUUAAAAUUUGGCUGUAGAUGAAGAUGCUUGGUACUAGAGAUAAAUAUAUGAUUAAUGCUUAAUUAUAGAAAAUGAUACAUGGAACUACACACUCCCUACAUACAGUCACUCAGACAAAUUAUUUCUGUUGAAUGUGCUCUCUCCUGAAUUUUUUUUAGAAAAAGAAGUAGUGUAUUGUCAUAGGCUAGCUGGUGCCAAACAAAAAAAUAUGAUAUUCAGUACACGUGAAAUGUUGCUGCAGUGCUCCAGAGUUUAAUAAAGAAUGCAAGACUAUGUACAGUGAUUCUGGAAGCAUGGGUUACUGAGAGGAUCCUAUUUUAAUCCAAACUUUAUUUCAUUAUUUAGCCAACAAAAUAUGAAAGUGGUUGAGAGAGUCUGAAUGUCUGCUGUUGAGGUUGGCAGAUGUCAUUUGUUGCAUGACCUUUCUGAGCAGCAACUUCUUCUGACUGUUAGACUGAGGCUAGAAGUGCAGCAACACUAACAAUGCUGAUGUUAUAACUUAUUGUUUCUUUAUAGUCUCUUUUUCAGAAAAUGCUCAGUGCAAUGGAAAUAUGCCAGUUUUAAUUCCGUAGUGCAGUGUGAUGCUUUUUGACAGCACACUAAACACAUUUCUCUGUAGGAAGGAUGAAGGUGGCUUCAGUAGCAGUAUGUUGAAUGUGUACUUGAAAGGCAAUCUACUUGCUACACAAUACAGGACCCAAUUUUUUUGAGCUCCUGACUUUCAUUAAUUCACCUUUAAACAAAGGGAACUUGAAAGAGCUUGGCACUUUACAAGGGAAAUACAAAUUUCACAGCACAUCCAGUUAGCUUUUUCUAUUCAUUUGGUUGUCAGUUGCCAAUCAGCCUCCAGUGAUUUAACUGGAAAACAGAAAACAUCCUGAAUUGGCAAGGGAUGAAUAAGAAGUCUUUCAUCACUAAUUUCUAUGAAACAAUGUAAUAGAGUAUUAAAGCUAUUGAAUGUUAUGGCUGUUUAGUUUAGAGAUACACUUGCUUCUGCCUGUUGACAAACUUUUCUUUGUAUUUCAUUUGUUUCCAGUGAAAUCAUUUCAGUUUCCCAUAGUACUGUGAGUGCAAAUUGAAAUGGGAAUGCAAUGAACUGUAACUUGGCAUGUAAUAAAUGUGCUGUUUUAGUCCUA